CUUGGUCCGCAGUAGACCAGCAGAAAAAUAGAACCCAGUAGAGCUGUGGCCUGGCCAUUUAGACGACGCCUUGCCGAGGCCAGUGCGGGCGAGAUCUGGUGCCCGGCAGCGCCGAGAGGUGUAGAGCUGUAGAGGGAGGGCGGGCAACGGAGACGAGGGUGAGGUAUGCAUCUCCUGUUGCUGCAGUUUGACAAGGGUCCAUGACCAUGGUCCAAGUGCGCCUGUUGGAGUCAGCCUGCUGGGUGCACGAGCGUCGGCGCUAUCGUUCAUGAUCGCCGAGGUGUGGCUGAUGGCAUCGGAGCGUCGGCCCCUCUCGUCGCUAACGUCCCAUGCGCUCAGGCCGCCCUUCGUCCCGCCUCUCGCCCGCCGCCAAGACUUUGCCUGCCCAAGACGACAACAUGUGCGCCUGGCGUGCCCUCCCGACGGGCAUCGCUGUGCGCGUGCGUGCGACCCCGCGCUCAAGCACAAAUGCCGUGCGCGGCCUCGUCGAACUCCCGGGUGAGGGCACGGCUGUGGCUAUCGCGACAACGGCGCCGCCCGCGGACGGCGCAGCGAACAAGAGCAUUACAGCGAUUCUCGCCAAGGCGCUCGGCGUGUCCAAAGGCAGCGUGCGCGUCGUUGCAGGUGCAACAGGACGCGUGAAGCGAGUUGACGUCGACGGCAACGCGGAGGCUUUAGCAGCAAAGUUGGAAGAACUCUGCCGCUAGCUGGGCUAGCUGGUGUCAGCCGCUCUCCGCGUCUCCGCCUGCUUUGCUCCGCUCCCUCCAAGCUCUCCAGACUUGAACAGCGGCGCGACCGGCCCCGGAGACCAAGACAUGAC